AUGUCACUUGAACCCGAGCCGCUACGCUUAGAAGGACAAGAAAUGGAGGGAGAGAAAUUGGAAUCUUCCCAAGCAAAACUGGCUGAUAGCUUGGAAAAGCCUAGCUUUACUGACGAGGAAAUCUAUGAGCUGGUGGAUGAUGCUGAGCGAGACGAGGGGCCAGAGCCUAGAGUAGAGAAGUUCAAGGCCUUAUUCUGCCCAGCAAGCAUCAUUGGUGUCGAGAAUAUAGAGGGAUACCGACCAGGGGGCUACCAUCUCGUUCAUAUUGGGGAUAGAUGGUGCGAUGAUCGCUUCGAGGUUAUUCAUAAGCUUGGCCAUGGAGCAUGCUCAACUGUCUGGUUAGCUCGAGAUUCCAAGAAGCAAACCAACCUCGCCAUCAAGGUCCUUAUAGCAAAAGCAUCCGAAGAUGGCAACUCCACGGAAUGA